AUGGUUGCUCUAUCUGGUGCUAUUCUGUCUGAGGUCGACUUCAAGCUUCUUGGCGAUGCUUAUCGCCUUUCUUCAUCAGACGAAGUCAAGUUUCCAUCACCGGAGUCGAGGAUCUUAUCUCCUCCACCGGGCAAGAAGAAUGGGUGCAGCAUCCAAAUGCUCACUCUGAACGCUGUUAAUAAGGCAGUGGUGUUCGAAAUGAUCUGUCCAGCCAACGAUCCGCUUCCUGAUUACUUCGUCUUUAAGUAUUUCUUCAGGUUUUGUGCUACUGGAGACAAGUAUACUUUCUCCGUUCGGCGAGGGGUGUAUACUUUAGUUUCUGGCGGUAAAACCCCCAAGAACUGGCAAGAUAAAUGGUUGUGGGUCAACCGUGAUCUACUUGGCAAUAGGCGAUACCGAGCAAACAAUUUUGCUGAUGUUGCCCCUAAGUUAUAUCCUUACAACAGGCCAUCGCAGAUCUCCUGA